AUGUCGAGUGGAUCGACAGCGCCGGCGCCGGCGCCGGCGCCAGCUGUGCUCUCGAAGAAUGCGAAGCGCCGUGCGAAGCGCAAAAUGCAGAAACAGGAUACCGCUACAGAGGCACCUGCCCCCACCUCCGCAGCCACCGCGCCGUCUGGGACGACACAGGCAGCGACGAUGGACGACGUGCCUACGUACAUUGCGCCUGCGCCUGAGCCUGUCGUUGCGCCGUUGCCAGAGAUGGAUCCUGCGAUGGCCGCCUCGUUCUCGGCUGUGCUGGAGCGAUUCCAGCCGGCGCAGGACGAGUCGGCGGGCGCCCAAGCCAAAGGCGAAGUGUUCUACUCGGACGAUGAUAUGUACUCGGACGACGAGGCGUCCAAGCUGCCCAAAUCGACCAUGUCACGUCGGAAACUGCGUGAGCUGCAGCGCAUGUCGGUCGCUGAGCUCAAGCAAGUUGUGCGGCAUCCAGAGGUGGUCGAAUGGGCCGACGUCGCGUCGACGGAUCCGCAGCUUCUGAUUCAUUUGAAGAGUUACCGCAAUACUGUCCCUGUGCCUACGCACUGGAGCCAGAAGCGGGAGUACCUAUCCCAUCGACGUGGUAUGGAAAAGCCGCCGUACGAGUUGCCGUCGUACAUUGCGGAGACGGGCAUUGCGACGCUGCGUAGCGCGAUGCAAUCGGCGGACGAAAACAAGACGCUCAAAGCCAAGACACGCGAGCGUGUGCAGCCAAAGCUGGGACGCAUGGAUAUUGACUACCAGCGCCUGCAUGAUGCGUUUUUCCGGUUCCAAACGAAGCCGCCCAUGACCAUGUUUGGUGAGACCUACUUUGAGGGCAAAGACGGUGGGUCGCGUGCGCGGCAUCGCCGGCCUGGUGACUUGUCCGAUGCUCUUCGCGAGGCUCUAUCGAUCCCGCCGCUCGCACCGUUCCCAUGGCUGAUUGCUAUGCAGCGGCAUGGGCCUCCGCCGAGUUAUCCACACAUGCGCAUUCCCGGGCUGAAUGCGCCGAUUCCCGAGGGCGCACAGUGGGGCUUCCACCCUGGUGGAUGGGGCCGUCCGCCUAUUGACGAGAGUGGCAACCCCAUCUACGGCGACGUGUUUGGCGAGUCCAAGAAGCACCACGACGACGUGUUUGUGCAGGAUGCGCCCCAGCGUGAAUACUGGGGCGAGUUGCCGCCGGAGGACGACGACGUGGGCGACGAAAGUAGCGACGAGGACAUGGACGAAGACGAGGCGGAGGAGGACAGUGAAGCGAUGGACGAAGGCGACGACGACGACGACGCGCCGACCAUGGUCGAUGACGACGAGGCGCAGCGUCUCGCUGGCCUCGCGACGCCGUCUGGUAUGCAGACCGUCAUGGCCGGACUCGAGACGCCAGCGUACAUUGAGCUGCGGAAACCUGCGCCCGCCUCGUCACGGCCAGCCGAUGCUACCAACGAUGCGCCCGCUGCCGCGGGCGCCCCCCCUAGCGGUCCACCGCCCUCCCUAUACCAUGUUCUUCCGGAGCGGUCAGCUAGCGCACAACAAGGCGGUCUACUGGGCAGUGAUCACGUCUACGACGUACGCGCCGCCCGUGGCUCGUCAUCGUAA